UUGAAAUUACAUUUCUCUCUCUUGUCAACUUCUCCAAUGAAAUUUAUCAUUUUUCAUGCAUAAUUUCCCAAAUAAUUCUAAAAGUUUAUAAUUUGUUCAAAAGUAAACCAUUAAUUUUUGGUAAAAGUUUCCUACCAAAGCAAAAUGCAAAUAAGAUGCAUAAAACACUUAUAUCACAAACAUUUUGAUAACAUUUUGAAAUAGCCCUUGCAUAUUGCUCAAUCAUUGAGAUAUUCCUGUAGGCCAACCAAAUGCUCCACAUGAAGAUUCCCCAAAAGGACAGAUUUGUCAAUUCCCAGUAUUUCUUCAAUGCAGUACGAGCUGGAGAUUGUUGUUUAUCCCUGGCAAACUCUUUACUUUAAGGCAGUAUGAACUAUAAAGUUUGCUAGGGAUAGACAAUUCUAUCCCUAGUCCAUACUACAUUGGAAAAUUUGAUAGGGAUAGAAUUUUCACCCGUGACCACUGGGUCUCCUGCCAAGUUCACCAGGUGCAUUCUGUGAAUUAUUCCGAUAUUUUAUUUUCAUGAAUGGGGUUGAGCUGUUCAGCAUAUUUCAUUUUAUAAUUUCAUGCAUCAAAUCAUGCAUCAAAUCAUAAUCAACAGAGGGCGCUUUGAACAACAGAUUCAAACAAUACCGAGGCAGUCAUUUCAAUAAGCGGCCGAAAGAACUACGACUUGAAAAUGUUUAUUUGAAGACAAUGGUGUUAUUUUAAUUUUUGGGAAAACUUUUUUGAGAAAUUAAACCCUUUUCCUUACCACGCGCACGAAAAAAUACCUCCUGCUUUUUAUGAAAAACGUUUGGAAAGAUCAUAUAUAUUCAUAUUUUUUUUACGUAUUGCUUUUUACAGUGUAUAUUGAACUUUCUAUGUGUAGGCCUAUAAUACAAGCACUACUUGAUCUGAGAUAUCUACUUGAGAUAUUCAAGCAGUUUAAUGUAUGUGUAAACCAAUUUCUUAAAGACUGAAAAACUCCUUUUCCACUUUCCAGCAGUGGAUUGACCUACUCACUAUUUUUGCAUGGUACCUAAGCUUGUGUAGGAGGGAACACAAUAACCAACCUCCAUGUUUGUGCGUAUAGCCCCCGGGAUCACGCUUUCAUUUUUGACUGAGAAGUCCUGGUUUAUUUAGAGCAUUUUAGGAGCCUUACAUGCGGUUCCAUAAACCAACCUGGUCUUUGAUACCUGCACAAAUACGAUCCAUCCUAUAGAGUUGAAAAGAGGCGCCAACCUUUCAUCUAUUGGUAAAAUCCUACCAGCAUGACUUUCAUUCCGAAAUUAUAAUAGGGAUCGUCAGUGCGUUUCCACGUACAUUCCAUACCGCAAUGACAAGCCACAUACUUGAAAGGGGUACGGUUAUGCAGGAGAAUUUUUCUUGCUGGUUCACAAACCUAACACAUGUACAAUGGAUGUUACUUACUUAGCAGCAAUGUAUUAUUAUUAUUAGUCACGGUUGACGGUGCCCUGAAAUAUAAAUAGAGCUCACCUUGUACCUAGACUUGAUAUCAAGUUAUACACGGUUAUUGUUCAGUCCAUCAACGUAGUCUGGUGUCUUUUAUCAAGCCACGUAACGAGUUAAUAAAAACCACCCUUUUAUACAGCGCGACUGUGACAUGUUGCACGGCGCUGCAGGCGGUGCUGCAGGCGGUACAGCACAUCGACAUCGGCCCAGAUCAUUACGAGCAGAACCCGAUAGACUUGAAUUCAAAUCCAGCUGGCCCUGCAGACGUGGCAAUUGUCACGACUCUAUACAAUGCAAAGAACUGCCGACUUUGUGCUUGUUGUUAUAACUCCUGUGAGGAAUGGUUCUUACCUGUCGUCCCUGCUAAGUGGUAGGACCUACUCGUGUGUCGACACGUAAUGUCAGCUUAGGUCAGCAGUAUGACAUUGCAUCCAAGCAUGGCCAAAAAUAGUAGGCCUACAUCAAAAUCUACAUAUUCUAGACCGACAUGAAUAAAUCAAACUGUAAAACGCUUUUUUGUCAACAGGAAUUCGUUUGCGCCGCCAGUCAGACUAUGUUUUCCCUUGGAAAAAUGUACUGGUAGAUCAGUUAGUGAUGGAGAACUGUCCCAACGGAACGACCUAAGGUUUCGCAAGAGAGACCAAUUCAGACCUUCUCGAAAUAUUUUACUUGUAAUUAAAGCAAAAAUGGCAAGCCUUCAGGUAGAAGCCUCACCAGAGGAGGACGCGGUGAUCAAGUUGCAGCGGACUUUUCUUUUGGUUACUUUGGGCUUAAGCUCGCUCAUCUACGGCAGUAAAGUCGAUCCGUUGGACUUCACCAGAGGCGUGAAGAAACCCAAAGCAAUGUGGAUGUCCAUGUUCGUCUCUGUCUUGCUGUCUCCUGUACUAGCUUACGUCCUUAUUCUAGCGCUCAGGCUGGAAGUUCGGGAGGGCAUCGCACUCUUGGUCACAUCCUGUUGUCCAGCGGGCAACCUGUCUCCGAUAUUCACUUAUUACACGGAAGCAGAUAUUUGCUUGAGUCUUUCUGUGAUCGUGUUGUCCACACUCAUGUCUGUGGGAAUGAUUCCACUGGGCGUGUACAUAUGUUCCAACGCUUACACGGAACUAGACCUGACUGUCAUCCCGAAUACUUUGAUAGUUGUCAACCUGUGCGUCAACAUAGGUGGCAUCGCUUUGGGAAUGGCUUUCAGGAGAUACAAGGAGAAAUGGGCCGACAGAUUUGUCAAGGCCGUCAGCUAUCUACCUUUGUUGGUCGUUAUUGCCAUGAUCAUUAUUGUACGUAUAAAGCUUCCAAACUCUGUAGAUGCCUCAAUCAAAGACAUAUCUGCCGUAUUCUUAUACCUUAUCAUCGUUCUUUGUGGUACAUACCUCACUGGGAUGUUAGUAGAUCAAGACCACCAUGUCUGCCGUGCUAUGGGGCUCUGCUCUGCCGACAAGAGUGUUGCUCUGGCGUUAUCUAUCAUCCACGUCUCCUUCAGCGGCGAGGCUCUGGUCGACACGUUAACAAUUCCAACGCUGUUUCUCAUCGAGUACAUACUGAUAGGAGUUGUGUUAUCGGUAGCUUACCAGAUAUAUAGCUACCACACCUUUUCGCCUUUUACGGUGAUACUUGAGAAUCUUCGACCAGUCACGCCAGUCUAGUUUGCUACGCCUGCACUGGAUUGACUGGGUUUGAUUCCUUUAUCCAACGCACCUGGUGAUCCAAGGAGAUAUCUUGAAUAAUCAAAGGAAUGUACCGCGAGGUUUCCUUGGUCAAGUGUUCAAUUAACUUUCGAAGUUCAGUCAUUCGUAUUCGUCUGAUUUUAAAGAAGCUCUGUCGCGUUUGCAUUUCGUUCUGACAAACAGGCGGGCUAUUGCGUUACUUAUACAUGAAUUUCGUACACGCAUACCUUUUCCAGCUGAGCGCGGGUUUAAAAAUAUCGCAUGUACAUGUACAUACAAACAAACGUAGCACAGUGCAAGAACAAUGGACGCUCAUUGUGAGUGCACUGUUUCUUUUGUUAGAUGUUCGUAGUGUCAUUGAGGAUGGGUAUAUAUGUAGAUAGCAAACUCUUUAGGAAAUCUUUAGGCCUCUACAGCGCACUUGAAAUAACGAAGAAAUAGAAGUUAGGCCUAUUUGUGUUACAGACUGUCUGUAAAGUAGAUAACAGAAGAAAGAAAGAAAUCAAACGUGAAAAUUGAAAUAAAAACUAACUAAACUAAUGAAUACCUAUCACAUCAAUGUCUGCAAUUAUUGUAGUUUCAUAUUGUUUAAUUGCUUGAAAUUUUGUGAUAUCACUCUUUUAUCUUCCCUUCCUUGUACAACCAGUAUCAAUGCAUGCAGGAUACAGCUGAGAGAUUAUUCUAAAUUGAUUUCAUGUGCAGCAUGAAUCCACCUGUGUAACUGAUUGAAUCGAGAUGAAAGUGAAUGACCCUCUAGAUAAAAAGAAACAAUUAUUGAGAGCGAAUUUAAAAACAUGUUGGCGAAAUGAAUGAACAGUGCAUCGAAAUGAAUAUAAACUUUGCGAAUAUUGGCCAGGAUAAGGUAGAUUUUUUUGGAAAACAUUUUGAAAAGAUAACCCCCAUGAGAAAAGUCACAUUGUAAUUACACUACAGAAAAAACACACUAUUUGUUAGGAAAAACAUUGAAAAAUUUUGAAUGCUACAAAAGAACACUUUUCAUCGUAAGUAAUUUAAAGAGAGUCGGAUAAUUUUCUUAAUUGUAAGAGGAGAUGAACAAAGUAUGUUCUGAAACAAAAUUAAAUCAUGAACCAUAUUUUUUUGAAAUUGAUAUUUUCCAUGUUUUAAAAUUUUACGUUUCAGUCACCUGUAUUGGUUUAUCUAAACAUGCAAAAAAAAAUUUAAAAGAUCGAAAGUAUUAUUGGUAGUUAUUUAAAAAAAUAAUUGUUUACAAGUGCAAUGGUAAAAAUAAUUUCAUGAGGUUUCGCCUUGUGGAAUGGAUCAUUUCAUCUGUCACCGUACGAAAUUAUUCCUGUCACUGCACGAAUGUGAAAGAAUUCACUGUUUAUUUCAUGCAAUACCUGCAUAAAUCCUCUGCAGUUUGAACAAAUAGGUUUCGCGGGUCCAUUCAUUGAUGAAAGAGUCUUGUCCAAAGCACCAUGCAGCCACCCACUGGUAGUACCAUGCAAUGUUAGACUAGUUUCCGCCCCUACAUUGUUUUUCUCUGUCUUAUUUACUGACAAUGAAGUAUAUGAAAUGGGGGUGGGAACUCAGUCAAGGGAAAGUUCUAUUCAACGGGUACUGUCGAAUAAAACGAAAAAUUCCAUGGCACGCGAUCAAAAAUCCAUGGAUCAAUCAGAUAAUGGAGAUUGAUGCAGGUAUUGUAUAAAAUAAGCAGUUUAGUGCUAUGAUUUUCAAACUGAACAUUUAUGUAAUGUCACAAUACUCAAUAUUUAAUUAGGUUUGCUUCUAUUUGCAUGGCUUAUGCUCCAGUUUUUAUACACUAUGUUACAUUCUUGAUGGUCACACGUUUGUUUGAGUAUUUAGUUGUACCUACGAGUUUUUCCAAUUUCAAAUACGUGGGAAUUACUUUCUGAGCCGAGCAAGGUUCUCGUUUUGCCUUUCAUAGAAAUCUGCAUCUUAGCCUAUUUAUAACUCCACGCCACUGAAUGUUUCUCGAGUAUUCCAUUUAAUAAGACCAACGCUUUGAUGUUAAGAUUUGUCAGUGUUGUAUGAUCUACGUGCAUACUUUCAAAUAUAAUGAUGAGAACAUUAGACUCGAGUCAAAGUUAGUUAAUACACCUCACUUUAAACCUGGAAAAGGGGAAAUGGCAAAUAUGCAUUUCAAUAUUUUUUUAGCAUGUAACUGCAAAUUGCAGUGUUGCUUUUAGGAAAAGUCUGUUGACAAAAUUUCAUAAGACAGCUAGCAGUGUCACCCAGAGAUAAAUAAACUUGCUGUUUAGUUUAUUUUCCCUUUCACAUAUUUCAUUUGGUCAAAUUGUAUGUUGAAUGUUUCUUAAUCCCAAGAAUGCUUCCCUUUUCAACAAGAAUAUUGCAAAUACGAUCUUGUAUUUUUUAAUUAAAAAGUGUUACUUGUACAUAAAAUGUUUUUCCUUUUUCAAGUUCGAUCUUUUACGACAAAUCUAUUUUAGGUGAACGUUUAUUUGAAGAAAAAAUUUCUUGUGAUAGAAAUAAUUUUCAAGCAAUCAGUAAUUUCUUCAUAACACUUUCCUAAACUAAGCAGCAUUUUAAAGACCUGCCUAUUGAUUCUGUGGAGUCCCUUUCUCAUAAAGCAUAAAAAGCGAUCAUGCAGAACAUCUGUAAUGAAAGAUAAGUCGAUAGUAAAGAUGGUUAUUAAUAUCUUGCAAUUCAAUGUGUUUUCAUCAUGGAUUAGGUAACACGAUGACUUUACAAUAUUGGAGUAUUAUAUAUUUGCAAUAAAUUAGCAUAGCGUAAGCUUACGCAAUGAGUAA